AUGGAAUUCUCGCCAAUGUACAGUCCAGCUCGGACAUUGUGUCUCCCUGUGCAAGGGAAUGAAGAUGACACUGAGCUCCAGGUGGACCACUCUGGAGAUUCUGAGGCUGAUAUACGUUCGAGAAUCCACGAAGCAGAAGCCGUCAUCAAUGAGGCCUCCUCCUCCUCCUCUCGACAAAAUUGUCAAUGCUGUGGGGCUGGCGUUGAUAUAUUCCUCCUCGAUACUGGCGUGCACGUCCAUCACAAGGAGUUUGAUCAAAGUCGUGUCAAGUUCUAUUACGAUGCUAUUACCACAGAAAUAAACAAGACCAAUGACCGGUACGGCCACGGAACCGCAGCUGCCAGCGUGGUCGUAGGUCUCAAUAAAGGCAUUGCUCCAGGAGCUAAGUUGCAUAGCAUCCGUGUUGCCAAGCGUCCCGAUGUAGUGACAUAUGAUAACGACAACCCUGUAGGUGAAGCCUCUGAUAUUCUAGAGGCUCUUGACGAGGUGCGUACAUGGAAGAAUGCGAAUCCAAACAGCAAGUGCGUUCUACUGUACGAGAUGUCGGGGAUAUAUAACUCAGGGAUCACGGCCAAAUUAAGCGGGAUGGUAGAUGAUUGCGUUGUGGUGGUCCCGGCUGGGAAUAACAAUGAUAUUGCCUCCAGAUAUACGCCUGGACGUAUGAGCGAAGUUAUCACAGUAGGAGCAACCAACAGACAAACGAAGAUCUAUUCUCAAUCAAACUAUGGAUCCAGUGUGGACAUAUACGCCCCUGGAAGAGUAGAGGUAGCCUCACACCGUGAUAAUACCAGCUAUGUUUGGGUAUCUGGGACAUCCUUUUCAACUGCAGCAGUGGCAGGAGCCGCAGCAAUCGCCCUUGGCAAUAAUGACGUGAGAUCACCACACAUCACGAACGCGGUGAAAAACUUUAUUCUUACGAACUCGAGCCGAGUGACGGACUUGACAAACGACAGGGUUUCCAUACAGUUUGAUCUGUCAAAUUCUCACUUUCUCUUUGAUAACACCGAACUCUGUGAACAAUGUAAAUGCAACGGAUCCUAACAAGCCCGAGGAUGAAACCACGCUUCCUGCUGGAAAGAUGAUCAGUGUGUUCACAGUGU